GAUGUACUGACUAGAGACUAUACUCGCCAGUUCACUGACUCGUCUUCUCCGGAGCGUUACCACAAGGAAGUCGCGAUUUUAUAUCCGGAGUUUGUAGUCGGCCGAUUCGCGGUGUUUUGGUUUUAUUUAGUGGGUGAAAAUGCAGGUUUUGGAGCUACAACACGAUGACUACGACGAUUCCUCAGUCUACGACAUCAGCUCCAUCGAUAGCGCAUUCAGGAAAAUUAACAAGAAUUCAACAAACUUUUUAAUAUGGAAAGUGGAGAAUAUGAAUAUAAUCGCAAUCCCAAAAGACCAGUAUGGUACUUUUUAUACGUCAGAUUCUUAUGUUAUUUAUGCAGCUUGUUUAUAUGGACAACCUUGUGGGGUUGAUAUGGUGAGUAAAGAAACUAAAGGUUCUAUAGAACACCACGUGCAUUUUUGGCUUGGAUCACAAACUAAUCCCGACAGAUCAGGUGUAGCAGCUUACAAGACCGUCGAAAUCGACAAUUAUUUAAACGGACAUGCUGUUCAACAUAGAGAAACAGAAGGAUAUGAAAGUGCACGAUUUUUGAGCUACUUUAAAAACGGAAUAAGGAUAUUAAAACCGGAGAUAAUAAACGACUUCCAGCCUGUUAAGUUAUACAGAGUUAGAGGCAAAAGAAUUCCCGUUGUCAAAGAAAUGCCUAGUGUCUCUUGGGAACAUUUCAAUAGCCAGGACAUUUUCGUCAUAAAAACGCCAAAAAUAAUUUUUGUUUGGUCCGGAAGAGCUGCAGAUGCUGUAGAAAAAUUACACGCCACAACAAUCGUGGAAGAUAUGAAGGAAAAACAAAAAAUCCCUAAUUUGGCCUUCGUGGACGACGGUUACGAAAAAACUCUACAAGAUGAUAUUAAAAAGGAGUUUAACAAAUAUUUACCUCUGGAAAAACGAGUCGUUUUACCCGAGCUUUCCGAAAACGACGAAAAUGGCAACUACCACAAAUCUUCAAUGAGAUUGUACAAAUGCGCAGAUGUUAACGGUAAAUACAGGGUGGCUGAGGUAAAAACAGGGCCUUUUGUACAACAGGAUCUACACUAUGAAGAUGUUUACAUAUUAGACCAAGAAAUUGAUGGUAUCUGGGUAUGGGUAGGGAGGAAAGUCAGCGAAAAAGAAAGAAGUGAAGCUUUAAGAAACGCAAGAGGCUUUGUUAAGAAGAAAAAAUAUCCAGCCAAUACCAAAGUGACACGCGUUGUGGAUACUUAUGAACCGCAGGAAUUUAAAAUGUUAUUUACUUCAUGGAAAUCUGACAAUAGAGUUUUAAAACCUUCCAUAUUGGUCUCCCGAUACGACGCAGUAACAAUGGAAGAUAGACCUAGUUUGGCAGCCGAAACACAACUCAUUGAUGAUGGAACUGGUAGUCUUACGAUAUGGCGCAUAAACCAGAGUCGUAUUGUCGAAAUACCUAAAGAAAGACACGGAAAUUUUUUCUCGGGAGAUUGCUAUAUCAUUCUGUAUACAUAUCAAACUGCAAGUGACCAAAAACACCUUUUAUAUUGUUGGCUGGGUUCCCAUGCUACGCAAGAAGAAAUCAACAGUACUACCUUGAAAGUAAUAGAAAUCGACGAAGAACUGGGUCAAAUUGGAUUCCACGCCAGAAUCAUACAAGGGCGAGAAACUGCACAUUUUUUGCAGCUGUUUAAAGGAAAAUUAACGAUUUUCAAAGGACGAGGUGUUGAGUUUGAUGACACUGGAAGAAACUUAAAAAUCCCAUCGCAGUAUUUACUCCACGUCUACGGAUCUACAUCUUACAGCACAAAAGCCGUUCAAGUCAGCGUGAAGGCUUCAUCGUUCAACUCCAAUUACUGCUUCGUUCUCAAGCGAUCGAAGAAAGCGUACAUUUGGUCCGGAACGUAUUCAACGGGAGACCAAAGGGAAAUGGCAAAAGCAUUUGCCGGGAAGGAUUUCGAGCUUAUUUUAGAAGGGAAAGAACGCGAGGACUUUUUUAAUUUAUUGGGUGGAAAGACACCUUAUUCCACGCAGAUUGUGAAACACGAGAACGAUCCAAAGCCUGCUCGAUUAUUUAAAUGCAGUUCUUCAAAAGGAAGGUUUAAAGCCGAAGAAAUUCUCUUUUUUAGCCAAAAAGAUCUGGUACCUGAGCAUGUUAUGCUCUUAGAUACUGCUGAUUCCAUAUACAUGUGGAUCGGAAAACUGAGCAACAAAGAAGAAAAGAGAUUGAGUGCACAAAAAGCUAUUGAUUAUUUGCAAUCAGAUCCAGCAGGAAGAGAUAUGAAUAUAGCGAUAAUCCAUAUAAAACAAGAAAAAGAACCGCCCACCUUUACAGGCUUCUUUCAGUUAUGGGACAAAUCGUUUUGGAAAACUUACAAAACAUUCCUAAAAAUCCGACAAGAACUAGAAUCGCAGACGUGUUGUCAUAACGGAAACGGUAUUACCAAUGGUUACUCGAAUCACAACGAUUCUGGGGACAGUGAAUUCGAUCAGUACGAAAAGUAUCCUGUAAAUAUUUUGAAAGAGCCCAACGAUAAGCUUCCUCCCAGGAUAGAUCCUUUAAACAAGGAGUUACAUUUGACACACGACGACUUCGUUUCAAUGUUCAAGAUGGCGUAUGCAGACUUCGAAAAGCUACCCAGAUGGAAGCAACAAGAGUUGAAGAAAAAAGUUGGGUUGUUUUGAAGCAGUAGACAAUAUCGUAUUUAUUUUAAAAUUAUGUUAUAUAUUACAGAUACUUUUCAAGUAUACUGCACUUAUAUUUAUUUUAAAAAAAUCUUGUCACUUCUAGGUAUAUAUUUUAUGUACACGAUAUUUGAUAUUAAAAGUCAAAAUGUUUUGUGU